AUGAAAUACGUGGCCACGCAUACUCACAUUGCGAUCCCCAAUGUCCUGCAUUUUAGGGCCCAUUGGGACCAUGGCGUGCAUCGGCCUUUCAUAUUGAUGUCGAAAGUCCACGGUGCACCACUCAGCGAUGUGUGGGACGACAUGGAGGACGGUCAGCGCGAGAUCGUGCUCCGUCAGGUGGUUGACAUCAUUUUGGAGUUGUCUUUGCAACGCUUCGACAAGAUUGGGGCCCUUUUCUUCAACAGGGGUCCGAAGUGGAUGACACGGCUGCUCGCUGCAUGUCUUCCACAUUUUCGAGCAGUACGGCAUACUUCGAGCGUUACGCAACCGCCAACUUGCAGGCCUUGCGAAGCCGAUUUUGGAAGCGAUGUGAAGCCGUAUCAUUAUACGCAAGCAUGGUACAUUCGCUCGCUCAUUCCGGGCUUCUUCAAUUCGUCGCUCGACGGAGCGGGGUUCUGUCUGUGCCAAGGCGACUUCAAUUCUCACCAUAUCAUGAUCGAUCUCACAAAAUCCCAGCCUCGUAUCACUGCAAUCAUCGACUGGGAAAUUUCCAGCACACAGCCGAUCGCCUCAUUAGCGCGGUACCCGCCGUUCAUCGUCAACCAUCCUUUGUGGGGUAGCAACGACCCACUCCACGCGCGCAAUAUGCAGGACCAGACUACGUUUUGCAGGCUAAUAUGGGAGGCGGAGAUUGAAGCCUGUCCGCGAGGCGGAUUUGUAUUCUCACGUCUCGUCGCCAACAGUGGUGGCAUUCAUCUAUUCGAGGAGGCUCUCCGAUGCCGCGAUGCAAGAUGCCACGCUAGAUUCAUGUCGUACGUCCUUGGUGAAAGGAAGAGACUUUCACUACCGACUACUACCUAA